AAAUCUCUCUCAAUUUCUCUCCCGCUCUCGCUCUCUCUCUGGAGCUUGACGAGCUCGUUCUGUUCAUUGCUACUCUGCUGUUAUGCACUCCAUCGCCAACCUCCGCUCCGUUCCUCUCUCACUUUCCAUUGUUUCUUCAUCCUCGUCUUCUAAUCCAAAUGGAAAAUCGGAGCCCAAGCAAGUAAAGCUCAGGGACGACUGGAGGGAACGCUCUAGACCAAUUCCUCCUGGAGGCACCUACCCUGCCAAAGAUCAUUGCAGUCGAUGCGGCCUGUGUGAUACUUAUUACAUUGCCCAUGUCAAGAAUGCGUGUGCUUUCUUGGGCGAUGGAAUGUCUAGAAUUGAAGAAUUGGAGCCUGUAGUUCAUGGUAGAGGGAGGAAGACAGAUACGCUGGAUGAGACAUAUUUUGGAGUUCAUGAGAAGCUACUAUAUGCUCGUAAGAUUAAGCCAGUGGAAGGAGCUCAAUGGACGGGGAUAGUAACAACUAUAGCAAUUGAAAUGCUUAAAUCAGGCAUGGUUGAGGCUGUGAUUUGUGUACAGAGUGAUCCAGAGGACAGACUGAAUCCAAGGCCUAUUUUAGCAAGGACACCAGAUGAAGUCCUAGCAGCCAGAGGCGUAAAGCCAACGUUGUCUCCCAACUUAAAUACCCUUGCUUUAGUGGAGGCUGCAGGUGUCAAACGUCUUCUUUUCUGUGGUGUGGGCUGUCAAGUGCAGGCAUUAAGAUCUGUGGAGCAGCAUUUAAAUCUGGAGAAGCUUUAUGUACUGGGCACUAAUUGUGUGGAUAAUGGAACUCGAGAAGGACUAGAUAAAUUUCUAAAGGCUGCAAGUAAAGAACCAGAGACAGUUCUUCAUUACGAGUUCAUGCAAGAUUACAAGGUUCAUCUAAAGCAUUUGGAUGGUCAUAUUGAAGAGGUUCCUUAUUUCUGUCUACCCGCAAAUGACUUGGUUGAUGUUAUUGCACCAUCUUGCUACAGCUGCUUUGAUUACACAAAUGCUUUAGCGGAUCUGGUAGUUGGAUAUAUGGGUGUGCCCAAAUAUUCUGGAAUCAGCAUGACCCAACAUCCACAAAAUGAGCGUGGUAGAGAGAUGCUGGGUUUAGUAGAACAGUACUUGGAAAUUACUCCAACAACUAGCGAUGGUAAUCGAAGACCUUUCGUUAUGGAGACUGUCAAGGCAGAUGACGCUGCUAAGCUUGGGAAAGGUCCUUCACAGCCUGCACCAAAGUUUAUUGGGAAUAUUAUAGCAUUUUUUCUGAACUUGAUUGGCCCGAAAGGUCUGGAGUUUGCUCGUUAUUCACUGGAUUACCAUACCAUCCGGAACCAUUUAUACGUCUCCCGAUCAUGGGGAAAACAAAGAGCUGAUAAGCAUGAACCUACAUAUGCUAAAAAGAUUCUGGACUUGUACAACCAGAAGGGUGAAAUUGAUCGUAUGCUCAACUAAAAGUAAUCAUACUUUUCAGGCCCAGAUGGCAUCUGCACUUCUUGCUCUGAGCUCUUUGUUCCACUGCUUUGUCCUGUGUCAUUCCCUGAAUUAGCAACCUCUUUCUAUGGGCUGUUUAUUGAAUCCCUUCAACUUUAAGAGACUAAAAGUUUGUCUCAACUUAUUUUUCGUCACAAGUAGUUUUUUCAGGAUUAGGCGACAAAUUGUAGUACCAUAUUUGCUCAAUUUGAAGACAGAAUUUUGAAAGAGCGUAAAUUUAUUUAUUUUCAAA